UGACAUACUUGUACUUCGUGCAUCUCAACCUAUCCAUACCUCUCUCUAUAUCUAACAUUUACAUAUUAAUUUCUCUGUCUAGAUUCUUCUUUUGCUUUCUCUUGUUCUCACAUUUCUGAUCGCACAAAACUGAAGUUAUUCGACCUCCUUUUUCCGAUCAUUGUUGUUUCAAAAUUAGGGUUAGGGUUUCUUAUUGCAGAAAAAUGGCACAAGCUGUGGAAGAAUGGUACAAACAGAUGUCUGUCAUACUUGUUCUUAUCUCACAGCUGUUGUUCUUACCACCGUUGGAUGCUCCCUUGAGUUGCGAUGAGAAGAUACAUGCUGCUAACAGGCUUGCUAGUAAACAUCAGAGGGUUCAUCUUUCUAAUUUAGAUAAUCAGAGGCCCAAGUGUGAUAUAUGUCAGGAACCAGAUGGAUACUUCUUUUGUCUGGAAGAUAGGGCUUUAUUGUGCCGAAAAUGUGAUGCUGCCAUUCACAAAGUGAAUGCCCUUGUUUCAUCACACCAGCGGUUUCUACUUACAGGCGUGAAAAUAGGGGUUGAAACUGAAACUCGUGAUCUUGGUGCAUCGUCGUCUACAAAAUCACUCCCUUGUGAGAAAGUUUCAGAAGCGCCAGAGUUCCGGUUUGGUGGAGGCUCUUUAGCAGAGCAAUGGCAUUUUGAUGAGUCUUUUGGAUUGAAUGAUCUCAAUCAAGAUUAUGACUACAUUGAUGACAAUUCAUCUAAGGCGGAUAGUGGCAAGAUAGGAGGCUCAGAUUGUUCUUCAACUCUAAAAGCAUUGGAAGUUGAAAUGGAUUCUGAAGAUUGUUUGGGUCAGGUUCCUGAUUCAUCGCGGAUGGUCCCACAAAUAUCUUCACCGCCUACUGCUUCAGGGCUUUGCUGGCCAAAACACCAUCAUCAUGGUCGUCGUCGUCCUCGUAGUCGUCGCAAUCAAGGUAGGAUUGACCCUACUACUUUUGUGCCAGAUGUAUGCUACUCUAAUAUCUCAAAUUUGGAUCAUUCUCAACAACAACUUAAAAGGAGGAAGUACCUAUAACUUGUAACUACGAUGUUCUUCUUGGAUGCCGACUCAUGGUUGCUUUACAUUGUUCUGAAUUUGGGGUUCAACUCACAUCCCCAUAGUCUAUGUUAAAUAAUUAUUGAAGAUGGUGGUAGAAUUGUUCUUAAAGUUGGGUCAAGUGUUACAGGGUUCAAAGUUCAACCCUCAAUGGGGUUUGUUAUUUCACUUGUUUGAUGUACAAAAGUUGAGACUGUGUGAUUGAAACACUUGUUUAAAUCAUUACUAGAUUUCAUUUUUC